UGUAGCAAACCCGUCCGCAUUGUUGUGGGGGGGAAGGCGAAUCUUGUAGCAGCAGCAGCUCUGCGUUCACAGGGAAGAGGACGUUGCAGAUUUAAUGGAUGGCUUUUAAAGCUGGGUUUCAGCCAUUUUACACGUUCUGGGAAGCAUAAUCUUGGAAGCCAUCGUGGAUCGUUUUCGGUGUAAUACUAAUUCGUCAACAGGAAGCUCAGCCUGCGCCCUUUGGAUGAGAACAUUGUGUGCGGAAUCAGAGCCGCCGAGCAGGCCGUAUCGCCAUUGCUUUCAGCAGCCGCUGCCUCUGUCUCCAAAUAAAAGCAUAGGGCCUCCCAGAUAUUUCAGGGUCCAAGAUGGGGAAGAAAGCCCGGAACAACAAGAUCCCCGCACUGCAGCGGGCGCCCUCUCCCAUCAAACCGUCACCAAACAGGGAGACCCUGACCUACGCACAAGCCCAGCGCAUGGUGGAACUGGAAGUUGAUGGCCGCGUGCACCGGAUCAGCAUCUUCGACAAGCUUGAUGUCAUCAACGAUGACGACCCUGUGGCUCAGGAGAUCAUGGAAUGCACCAGCAAUAAGGAGAACACAGAAAAACCACAGCAGGCCCCGUUGCGGUCGGCACGUCUGAAAAACAACCGUCUGAAAAAGAACGCCGCUGUAAACACACAAGGGGCUCAGGCAUCAUCCUGCACCCUGCCUGAGCCAAAAUUCCGCACUGUGGAGUAUAACCUACCAGCUGUGCCACGAAGACCUCAAACGUAUUAUAGGUACGAAGAGAAAGCCCCAGAGGAGCUAGAUGAGGAAGUCGAAUAUGACAUGGACGAGGAGGAUUACGCGUGGCUGGAGCUGGUCAAUGAAAAGAGACGCAGCGAAGGCUUCAGUCAGGUCUCACCCAAUGUCUUCGAGUUCCUCGUGGACCGUUUUGAGAAGGAGUCAUUCUUGCAGAGCCAGGGCCAGCAGGAUCCACAGUCUCUGGUGGAUGAGGACGCAGUGUGCUGCAUCUGUAUGGAUGGAGAAUGUCAGGACAGCAACGCCAUCCUUUUCUGUGACAUGUGUAACCUCGCAGUGCAUCAGGAGUGUUACGGAGUUCCCUACAUCCCUGAGGGACAGUGGUUGUGCCGCCACUGCCUGCAGUCUCCCACUCAGCCCGCCGAAUGCAUCCUCUGCCCCAACAAAGGUGGCGCCGUUAAAAAGACAGAGGAUGACCGCUGGGGGCAUGUGGUCUGUGCUCUUUGGGUACCCGAGGUUGGCUUCUCUAACACGGUCUUUAUCGAGCCCAUUGACGGCGUAGCCAACAUUCCACCCGCCCGCUGGAAACUCACCUGCUACCUUUGUAAGGAGAAAGGUGUCGGCGCCUGCAUCCAGUGCCACAAGGCUAACUGCUACACCGCCUUCCACGUCAGUUGCGCACAGAAAGCUGGCCUUUUCUUGAAGAUGGAGCCUAUUAAAGAGACUAACGAUGCCGGCGAACCCACCUUCACUGUGAAGAAGACGGCCUAUUGCGGAGCUCACACCCCCAACGGGUGCGUCAAGAGACCCCUCAAUAUAUACAACGAUCCCAAAAGCAAAACCAAAAACGGACUCUGUCGGACGCCGAAGAAGAAAACGAGUCUGACGAAAAAGCAGAAGAACAAAAAGAACAAAAAGAGCAUAGAGUCUGUAGCCGCAGUCCCAGCUAUGACUGUUUGCAGUUUUCCUCCACAUAGGUUGGACUCCAUCCUCAGUCAAGUUUCUCUCCAGAGAAAAAAGGCAUUUGUCGAACUGGCCUUGAACUACUGGACCCUGAAGAGACAAUCACGGAAUGGGCUGCCACUGAUCAGACGACUGCACUCCAGCCUCCAGUCCCAGAAAACUGCCCAGCCCAAGCACAGCGAGGAGGAGAGCCGGGCGCUGAAGGAGCAGCUGAAGGAGUGGCAACGUUUGAGGCAUGACCUCGAGAGAGCCAGGCUAUUGCUGGAGCUUAUCAGGAAGAGAGAGAAGCUCAAGAGAGAGGAGAUUAAACUGCAGCAGUCAAUUUUAGAAGUGCAGCUCUCCCCGUUAAACAUUUUGCUGAAGGCAGUGUUGGACCAGCUGCAGGAAAAAGACCAGGCCAAGAUCUUUGCACAGCCUGUCAGCAUCGAGGAGGUACCUGAUUACCUGGACCACAUCAAGCACCCCAUGGACUUCUCCACUAUGAGGAAACGUAUAGACGCACAGGCUUACAGUAAUCUGGAAGACUUUGAGGCCGAUUUCGAUCUUAUCAUCGCAAACUGCAUGAAAUACAAUGCCAAGGACACAUAUUUUUACCGUGCGGCUGUCAGACUGAGGGAUCAGGGAGGAGUUUUGCUAAGGAAGGCACGUCGUCAUAUCGAACGCAUCGGCUUCGAGCCAGGCACAGGCAUGCACACAUGUGAAGCACCUAAGGUCGAGGCACCUCCUCCUUUCUCCUGGGAAGAAGUGGAUCGGUUGCUAAGCCCAGCCAACAGGCAGCAUAUGUCUCUUGAGGAUCAGCUAAAAGAGCUUUUGGAGAAGUUCGAUCUGACCACGGCCAUGAAAACGAGCCCUUCACGUAGCAAACGGCUGAAGCUGCUGAAGAAGACCAUCAGCGACGUGAGGAUGGAAAUGAGUCAGAGGAACACGGCGUCCCACAUGUCCGAACACGCGAGACCGGCAGACGAUACAUCAGCAGAAGCGCACAGCUCAGCUGACGAAGGAGACAAAUCAGCCCCUCCAAAGCUGGAGCCGUCAGAUUCUCACCCCCCUGUCGUCCAAUCAGACGGCCCGUUGGAGCCGCCCACGCUGAACCCUGUCGAGCUUACCUCAGAGCAGCCGCGGCUGGGAAAGCCCGAGCGCACAGAGACGCUGAACGGACUCUCCCGGGAUCGGUUACUGAUGGACAAUGCUGAUGUCAGCGUGGUGGCUACGUCCACCGUCGCUGAGCGUUCGGCUCCUGUGAACAGGCGCACGUCUGUGCUUUUCCGGAAGUCCAAAAGCACAAGCCCCCAAAAGGCCGCGGGAGGGGAAGAAGCCCAAAUAGGCGCCAAGACCAUCCUGUCAGUAGUGAUCCCACGGUUGGAGACCCUGCUUCACACCAGGAAGAGGACGCGUAGUGCCAGCCGGGGCAGCGAGGGCGAAGAGGAGAUGUCUACAAAGCGUCCUGGUCUGUCGAACGGUUUUGUUCUGGAGGAGCAGAAGGCAUCGAGUCCCAGCAGGCAGCAGGAGCCCCGCCGCAGAUGUGCCUCAGAAUCCAGCAUUUCAUCCAGCAGCAGUCUGUUGGGCAACACCAGCGCUCCUCUGAGUUUCCCGAAGUGUGGAAAAGGGAAGCCGGCUCUCGUGCGCAGGAACACAGUGGACGACAAAACUGAGCUCAUCGCUUGCAUAGAGACCGGGAAUUUCGCCAAAGCUGCUAGACUCGCUGCUGAAGUUGGGAACAGCAGUUUGUGGAUGCCUGCUAAUGCUGCAACAGUUGUUCUGGAACCUCUAAAACUAGUUUGGGCAAAAUGUAGUGGAUAUCCGUCCUACCCUGCCUUGAUAAUCGACCCUCACAUGCCUCGGGUGGGCUGCAAUCACAACGGGGUGUCCAUACCAAUCCCGCCACUGGACGUGCUCCGCAUUGGAGAGCAAAUGCAGUACAAGUCCGAAGAGAAGCUCCACCUCGUCCUUUUCUUCGACAACAAGCGCAGCUGGCAAUGGCUUCCUAAAUCCAAAAUGGUUCCUCUCGGAAUCGACAAAACCCUCGACAAGAUCAAAAUGAUGGAGGGCCGCACCUCGGCCAUCCGCAAAGCCGUUCACGUCGCCUUCACGCGGGCCAUGAACCACCUGAGCCGAGUGCAGGACGAGCCGAGCAGCGAUCUCAGUGACGUGGACUAACAGCAGAGAACCACAGGGCACAUGGCUGGACUGGAAAGCCUUAGUAUUCUCCAUGCCUUGCUCAGAUCUUCAAAUUGUCCGCUGCCAAAGCUCUUUUUCCUCCUCCUCAUGACGAGAAAGUUGCUCUGGCGACUGCUGCUUCGAUGAGCGUGUGCGUGAAUGCAUUUGAUUGUUUCUCCUUCACUGUGCCGGCCGCUCGCUGCCACCUUCACUGCCACUCACCUCCUUCAUUUCCACCCGAAGUUCUCAUUUCCACUCACUAAAAGUGUUCAUGUGUUUGACGAACUCUGUAAAUAACUGUAAAUGGCUUCAUCCUAACUUAUUCUGUAGAGUUGCCGCACUGGGUACUGUAAAUUUAGUUCCUUUUUUUGUAGUAUUUAUAUAAUAUUUUUCUGUUGGUGAAUUACCUUUAGCAUCUCAGCGUCUUCCUCACUGAUGCAGAAAAAAAGAGUUCAAGCAGGACACGACGCUUGAUCAGGGCUUAAAAAAAUAAUGUGAGAAUAUUGUUUUUCUUUCUUUUUUUUUAUCAUUUAAAUUAUUGAGGUUUAUAUGCAUAAACUUCUUUUUUGGUAUUAUGUCUUUUGUACCCAAUAAUGUUUUUAUAACAGUUUUAGCCUAUUUUGUUGUGAUAUAUUUAUAUAAGUAAAUAUAUAUAUCUGUAUUCUUUAGAUGCUCACACAAAUUACUGUUGUUAUGGAAACUGAAAGUGUGUUGUUCUCAUGAAACCAAAAGAAAAAAAUGCUGCCCAGACAUUUCCUUUUUUUUUAAAUAUAUUUUUAAAAGUUUUGUUUGUGUUGUUUAAACAGCCUUGUCUACACUGUAUUGUUUUUUUUCUUUGUUUGUUUGUUUGUGUUUUUUUUUUUUUGUGUAUUGGUUGCGUAUUUGGGACCUUCGCGAUGUUGUACUCGAAUGAUGUGGUCAUGUUAAAUUAUUUGGGGAGAGAUUAAAUAAUUGAGAGAUUGAGAGAUUUCAGUUGGCACAUUCCAUUGGCUCUCUAAUGAUAGCCCUGAUAUAAAUACUGGUAGUUGUGACUGUUUAGUGAAAUAAUUCAUUGCGGUCAUUUAGCUGUUCUCUGGGUAGCAAUGGGUAGGCAUAAGGGUGGACACAUUUUAUACAUUAUAGUUUUUUUUUAUUGGAUAACUGAAGAAUUGCUGGGAGUUUUUUUAUAGAUAAUAAAAAAGAUGACUAAACUGACUAAACAUAUGCACUAGCAGAGUCUUCAUUUGUUCUUUUAGUUUUAUCGAGCAUGUUGACGGCUCAUGAUCACGGUGAUGCCUCACAGCUUGAGGGUCGUCAGUUUGAUCCUCAGGUGUGGAGAUUGCCAUGUGUCUGUCUGGAUUUCUUCCAAGAUCUCAGGUUUUCUCCCAUCUCCCUGAAACCUGUCAGGUUUUGUGAUUUUUUUGUCCCCCCAGGUGUGAAUGUGUGCUUUAAAAUGGACAGGCAUUUAAUAUGUGUAUAUUCCUGCCUUCUUGGCUAGUAUUCCUAGACUCCAAAACUACCACGACACUGACUAGAAUAAAGCACUUACUGAAACUGAAUGAAUAAAGUUAGAAGAUUGUUCAUUUGUCUACAUCUCACCAAUCUGUUCAGAGAGUUCUUGCCAC